AAUAGAGGACAAGUUGACAAAUUCAAAAGAAUAAUGGGAGUUUAUGAUACUCUCGUGUAAAUUUUUAAACACGGAUUGAAUAAAAACUUUUUAAUUGAUUUUGUUAAUAAAAUUUAAUCGUUAAAUCGAUUAAAGUUCAAUAUUUUAAUUACACCUGAUUUACUAACAAUGGGAAAUUGUUGCAGUAAUUCGAGUAAUUCGAACGAGGAUAAUGGAAUCCAAACAAAAAACAUACCACCCAACCUAUAUUCACAUACACCGCCUUCACCUCCAUUACCACCAAUACCGCCAGUUUCGCAGCCUCAGUCUCAACCUUUAUACAAUACUCCGUUGCCUAGUGACAAUAGUGCAUAUUAUAAAAACCCAACGUAUACAAAUGACAAUAGUUCCCCUUUACCCGGAGCAAUUAAUCUUUUAUAUUCAUCGGAUGAUGAUACUCAAAAAGAAAUAAGUAUCGAUCAAAAAUCCAUUAAUGACACAGUUGACAAUCACUGUUUAAAUUGUUCCAGUAAUUUAGUAGAUAAGGAUCUUGACGGGUAUCCUAGUGAAUAUUGUAGUGAUCAAUGUCGUAAAGAUGCUUCUUUAGCUGGGUUAGCUAACCCUGUUUGUAUUCUGUGUAAAGAGUUUCCCCAUGUUACUGGAUCUAAAUUUUGUGGCAAAAAACGUUGUAGAAAUCUUCCAAAAUGUUAUUUCUGUAAGAUUAAAGAUGUUCACAAAGGGUCUUUAUGGUGUUCGAAAACGUGCAGAGAUAAUACACCGAAUUGGCAAUAUUUAACUGUUGAACGAACUAAUUAUAUGUGUUUUGUUUGUGGUCUUGAAUAUGCAUUAAAAGGAAGAGAUUUUUGUCGUGAUGAAUGUGAACAAUGGGUUAAUAAUAAUGCUCCGUGUCUAUUAAAACUUCCGCAGAAUUCGGAAAAAUAUAGGGAUGUUCAUAAUCAAUUUGUGAAUGCGUGGAAGCAUCCACAUAAACAAGUUCCAUCAAUUCAUGCGAUAUGGAAAAUAUAUUGCAAUAGUUUAUUAAACGGUCAAUAUAAUGCUUAUAAAGCAGAAGUUGAGAAAAUACAACAAUUGGAGGGUAAACCAUUUCCCAAAGGAGAGGGUCGGCGUAUAAUGAGUGCUGGAAAUGAACAACGUAGAUUCCAUGGAACUAAACUGAGGUGUCAAAUUGGAUUCGAAAGAAGUAAAGUAUGUGAUGAUAAACAAUGUUCAGUAUGCGCUAUUAUAAAAGAAGGAUAUAAAUUAAGAUAUGUUGGCACAGGUACAAUAAGUGCAGCAUUCCAAAGAUUUGGAAGUGGAAUUUAUUUUUCUGGAACAUCAUCGAAAUCAGAUGAUUAUAAUGAAGGUUCAUUAAUAACUUAUAUGGGAGUCAAUUAUAAAAUGAUGUUAUUGAAUAAAGUGGUAGUGGGUAAAGGAUAUGCAUUAACUAGAGAUGCGAUGACUUUAACAAGUCCUCCUGAUGGAUUUGAUAGUGUACUUGGUGAACCAAGUUCUAAUGGAAGCCUUAAUUAUGAUGAAGUCGUCGUUUAUAAAGAAGAGGCUUCUAUUCCACAAUAUUUAAUAAUUUAUCAAACUGUAUAACAAAAUAAUUUGUAAUUAUAAUUUAAAUUAUUUAAAUAUUAGAAUGAAAUCUAUUUUAGAUUUAGAAAUUUAAUAGCAUAUUAUUAGCAUAAACAUUCACAUUUCACAUUGUUACUGUCAUCACGUGAUAUGACGGUAUUCGGAUCAACAGAACCGAAAUUAUAUCAUUUAGAAAGAAUAAAGGAUAAG